CACAUAUUGUAGCUCCUACGUUACCCACAAUUCACAACUUCUCAACGUUUACUACAUCGGAACAGGAAGUGUAAACUUAUUCGACCAAGCUAGCGUUUUGGGCUGAUUUAUUUGCGUUUAAAAGAUGAGCUGCUCGCUGGAGAAGGUGCUGACAGACGCCAGGUCUCUGGUGGAGCGGCUCCGAGAUCAUGACAACGCCGCUGAGAUCCUGAUCGAGCAAACCACUGUACUGAACAAACGUGUAGAGGCCAUGAAGCAGUAUCAGGAAGAGAUUGAGGCACUUAACCAGGUGGCGAGGCAUCGUCCACGAUCCACUCUGGUAAUGGGCAUUCAGCAGGAGAAUCGUCAAAUACGAGAAUUGCAGCAGGAGAACAAAGAGUUGCGUACAUCUUUAGAAGAGCACCAGUCUGCACUGGAGCUAAUCAUGAGUAAGUACCGAGAGCAGGUGUUCCGCCUCCUCAUGGCUAGCAAGAGAGACGACCCCACGAUUGUCUCACAGCUCAGAGAGCAGCACACUAACGAGAUGCAGGCGCACAUAGACAAGAUAAACGAGAUGGCCACAGUAAUGAAGAAAGCCAUUGAAGUAGACGAAGGCCAUGCUUGCGAGGACGAGGAGCGGAUCAAACAGCUGGAGCUGGAGAACAGAGGCCUAAGGGAGUUGUUGGGGAUUAGUCGAGAGGCGUUCCUGGUGCUGAGGAGAGAAGAGCGAGAUGACGUGUCUGACAGCACCUCCCUGUCUCCACUCGUGACCAGCAGUGACCUGAGUUUGAGGAAGAGUUAGAGUGGUUUUGUUUCCCUGAACAACAGACUUUUCCUAACCCCGAUUACAAACACACACACUGAAGAGAAGAACACUGUCCGAACCUCCUCUGCAAAGAAGAGACUCGCAUCACGACCUAUUCCCGUCCCUGUACGUCUCCGAAAUCCUGCUCAGCUCAUUUCAUAGCCACACAGAUGUCGGGCAUCAUCGCUGCAUGUAGAGCUGCUGUAAAACCCGUGUGUGUGGUUGCCGUUAAUGACGCUGCUGGCGGAGAGUUAUAAAAUGAAUGUACAUAAUCAUUUCCCCAGUGUAAAUAACGGACACUCACCACGGCUGUUACGGGAUGGACUGCUGCUUUGUCUAAGUGCUGUAAAUAUAUGUGCAGUUGAUGGCUACACGUGACGUACGAUGAUUCACAUAUGAAUUCAUUUUAAAGUCUGUUUGGCUUGUUUUUAAGGCUGCCUUUGAGACAUGGUGCUUUAAUUUGUUAAGUGUAAAAGAGACAAAUUUAUUGAAAAGAAUAAAAAGGGCAUUUAUACACA